AGUUGGUUUUAAUUGGUUGCCCACAGGAUUGGCUUGGCUUCUGCUACUUGUUAAGAAAAAAACAUCUGUCUUUGCAGAUGGCCGCGUGCGUGUCCCGGGUGGAGCUGUCCGUGGCCUGGCGGAGCCUCCUCGGGGACCUGAGCUCCAGGUCGAACUCCCUCUGCGUCCUGCCGCAGGACGCGGGGGAUGGCCGCUGGACUGAGCUAGAUCACACGAAAAAGAUCAAGAACUGCCAAGACCCUAAAUUCUGCAAGAAACUGGUUGUGGACUACUACUUUGAGAAAAUACAGAAGCUAAAAUUCAGCGUGUAUGAUAUUGCUAACAAGUCCUUUGAUUUAAAUGAUGAUGACUACCUGGGAGGGAUUGAGUGUGCACUGGAUCAGGUUGUGUCCAGCUCAGUGUUCACUCAACUGCUGGAACUGAAGCAGGAAAAGCCAGCAGGAAAGGGCACUAUUACGAUUUCAGCAGAGGAGAUUAAGGAUACCAGGGUUGUUUACCUGGAAAUUGAAGCCCAAAACUUGGACAAAAAGGAUUUCUUAGGUAAAUCAGAUCAAUUUCUGGAGUUUAACAAGCAGAGCAAUGCUGGACCAUGGCAGCUUGUGUACAGAACAGAGGUCAUCAAGAACAACUUAAAUCCAUGCUGGAGGAAGUUCAGCGUUCCCUUGCAAACUUUCUGUGGUGGAGAUUUUAAUAAACCUAUCAAGGUGCAGUGUGCAGAUUGUGACAGCGAUGGCUCCCAUGACUUGUUAGGCGCUUUAGAAACGACUCUGGGCACAUGCAGACAGCUGGUGCUGCCUCUCUGCCCUUUGGAAUAUGAACGCAUUCAUCCUGAGGAAAAAAAACAAAAGAAAAACUACAAAAACUCUGGCAUUAUUAGGAUAAAAUCCUGCAAGAUUGAGACAGAAUAUUAAUUUCUGGACUAUGUGAUGGGAGGCUGCCAGAUUAACUUUAUGGUGGGUGUAGACUUAACUGCCUCUAGUGGAGAUCCCAAGUCACCAGAAUCUUUUCACUACAUCAGCCCAGAUGGGAUAAAUGAGUACCUGAUUGCCAUCUGGAGUGUGGGAAGUGUAGUCCAGAAUUAUGAUACAUAUGUAAUGAUCUUGACUGAUCUAGUCACCAUGUCAAAAAUGUGACUAGAACAGCUUGUUCUAGCCCUGCACUCUUGUAAUGAUCGAGGGGCUGCCUUUCCUUGGGAGAUCCCUUUAGGAGCUGCUACUGUUUCCUCUUGCUUCUGUCAGUGUUAGGGAGAGCAAUGGCAGCCCUUCAUAAUUUGCCGUAUUUCCUUGGCUUGUCCCUUCUGAGUCCCUUGAUGCUUCAGCUGGGCACUGAUCUCUUGUUGCAGAUGAUGCAUUGCAAACCUGAAUGUCCUAUUUGGUUCAGUGGAAAUGGACAUUGGGAGCAAUGGGAGCAGUCAUGGUUGUCUGCUUUGUCCUGUAGCCAGGCUGGGAGUGGUCUGGCUUUUCUCUUGCUACUUUGAAAUCCGCUGAGAGUCCUGUGGGGUGCUGCACUGAGAGAAAUUAUCUAACUCUCAAGCCCAAGUCUGAAACCAUUGGAUACCUGGUACUAGGCCAUGGCCAGCUAGAUGAUGUACCAAUUCCUUGUGGCAGGAAUUCUGCCUUGGUCUCCAGCUACUUUUGGUGAAUAAAACUGAAGAGUGAGUUAUUACAGAAUUGCUCUUUUAUUGGAAUAUGUAUCCCAAUAUAACCAGUUAGAUGGUGCCUAGGCCAAUUCUGACCUUCGCUGCUGGGCCA